GGGAUACUUUCAUUUUCAUAUCAUACAAGAAGAUAGAAUAGAAAACCAUGGCUGACAUGACCAUGAAGGAGAAAAGAAAGCAGUUUGUUCGUUCAGUUGGCACAGGUACAAUAAAUGGUUUGCUGGAUGAAUUGCUUGAGAAACGAGUACUAAACCAAGAAGAGGUACAGAUUAUAACAUGUGGAAAUUCUACAGUUAUGGAUAAGGCCCGAGCACUGGUGGAUAGCCUCAUUGGAAAAGGGCCCCAGGCCUGCCAGAUUUGUAUUGAUUAUAUUUAUGAAGAAGAUUGCCACCUUGCUAGGACACUGGGAUUCUUUUCGGGUCCACAAACUGGAAGUGAUUUUAAUACACAGGGCAAACAAGAAGUAUUUCCUUCUUCCUCAGCUGCUUGUGAAGUACAGGACAACCAAGCUGUAGUCCUAUCCUCAGGCCCAGCAGGAACCCUCAAGCUUUGCCCUCUGGAAACCUUCCAAAGAAUACGGAAAGAGAAGUCAGCAGAGAUUUAUGCAAUAAGGGAUAAGCUGACCCGCACACGUCUUGCCCUCAUUAUCUGCAACACAGAAUUUGAGACUCUUCCCAGAAGGACCGGAGCUGAUGUUGAUGUCAGAGACAUGAAAACACUGCUAGAAGCUCUGGGAUACCAAGUGAUUGUGAGAGAAAACCUCACUGCUUCGGAAAUGGCUACAGAGGUGAAGGCAUUUGCAGCCUGCCCAGAGCACAAGACCUCGGACAGCACUUUUCUGGUGUUCAUGUCUCAUGGUAUUCCAGGUGGCAUUUGUGGAAAGGGAUACUCUGCAGCAGUCUCAGAUGUAUUGAAAGUCAAUGCUAUCUUUGUAAUGUUGAACACUGUCAACUGUCCAAGUUUGAAGGACAAACCCAAGGUGAUCAUCAUCCAAGCCUGCCGUGGUGGCAACCAAGGAGCAGUGUGGUUAAAAGAUUCAGCAGGAGACUAUGGAAACAAAAUGUUACUCAAUCCAGAAGAUUUUGAGGAUGAUGGCAUUAUGAAAGCUCACAUAGAAAAGGAUUUUAUUGCUUUCUGUUCUUCAACACCAGAUAAUGUUUCUUGGCGACAUCCUCAAAGAGGCUCUCUUUUUAUUAUGAAACUCAUUAAAACUAUGCAAGAAUAUGCCUGGUGCUGUGACCUGCAGGAAAUUUUUCGAAAGGUUCAAUUUUCAUUUGAAAUACCAGAUCCUGUGGCACAGAUGCCCACUACUGAGAGAGUGACUUUGACAAAACACUUCUAUCUUUUCCCAGGACAUUAAAAUGUAUAAGUUGUAUCAAUAUCUGUGGGUAGGUUGGUCUAUGUGUAGUGAGGAGAAAAAGGAAUUGGGAACAGAGUAUGGGGACCCCAUCCUCAUCUGAUAAAAUGAAGGGAGGUACUGGAAAAUUAUCUCUUUUUCUGUUUAGCAUAUUGCUUUAAACGUUUUGCAGAGGUGGCUGGGUAUUCUUUAAGGAAGACUUCUGUAAAUGAAAAAAUAGUAGUAAGAUUUGGAGAACCCACUUUAGGAGAACCACAGUAGGGAAACAUUUAAAACCAGUAUGGAUUCCUCCUUUUUGUAUGUGUGUCCCCAUUGGUAAAGAUAUCUUACCACUUACAUUUAUAUUAACAGUACUCUCCCUUACCUUCGUGUUAUUUCCUUUCCUGUUGGAAGCCAGUUCUCUUUUUCUGGGCCAGUGUUUAAAAUCAUAUCUCUUGGAAACAGACAUUUAUUUAAAAAAAUCUAAUAAAUAUGAAAUAAAAAUGUAA